AGUGACAGCAGCGUCUAUCCGUGACGAGACUUCCUCAGCGUUGUUGGUGAAUAGCCGCUGCUGCGCUGACGGGCGGACGGGAAGAAGCCGCAGAAGGGAUCAGCAGUGGCAAAGGAGUGACAGUCCUGUAGAUUGACUUCUAUCAAGUGUGUCAUCUGUUUUGGGCAAAACCAAGAAAGAAAGGGACGGGCAGGUGAAAGUAAGGAAAGAUGGCGGCCGCGGCCUCGGCCUCGCCGGGCUCCGGCUCGUCCACCCCCUCGGACUGGAUUGUACUCCGAGACGGUUGCCUGCGUUGCGACGAGGAGGGCCUGCGAAGCCUUUCCUACCACCCGGCCCUCAACGCUAUUCUAGCGGUCACCAGCAAAGGGGCUAUAAAAGUCAUAGACGGCACUUCUGGGGCAAUUCUCCAGGCCUCUGCGCAGCACGUUAAAGCCGGUGGCCGUGUCAGAUGUCAGUACUUUCCUACUGUGGAUAAGGUGCUUUUUGUUGACGACUAUGCAGUGGGAUGCAGGAAAGACCUAAAUGGCAUCCUCUUGCUGGACACAGCCCUCCAACCUCCAGUGACCAAACCUGAAGAUCUGGUUCAGAUGGAGCUUCCUGUCACUGAGGCCCAACAUCUGCUGUCAGCUUGUCAGGAAAAGAUCGAUAUUUCUAACACAAAGGGCUACGAACUCUUUAUCGUACAGCUAAAAGAAGGCCUGAAGAAUACCUCACAUGAGACGGCAGCCAAUCACAAAGUAGCCAAGUGGGCGACAGUAAACUUCCAGCUUCCUCACCAUGUGCUGAAGCUGGUUGCCAGUGCCAUUGUUAGUGAGCUCAAGAAGAUCAACCAGAACAUAGCUGCCUUGUCUGUGGCCUCAUCCAUCAUGGACAGACUCUCCUACCUCUUGUCAAGUGCCCGACCCGAGCUAGGGGUGGGGCCUGGGCGCUCUGUAGAUAGAUCUUUAAUGUACAGUGAGGCCAACAGAAGGGAGACGUUUACAUCAUGGCCACAUGCUGGGUAUCGGUGGGCUCAGCCUGAUCCAAUGGCUCAGGCGGGCUUUUACCACCAGCCUGCUUCAUCAGGGGAUGACAGAGCUAUGUGCUUCACCUGCAGUGUAUGUCUGGUAUGUUGGGAACCAACGGACGAGCCGUGGUCUGAACAUGAGCGACACUCCCCCAAUUGCCCGUUUGUAAAGGGUGAGCACACACAAAAUGUUCCCUUGUCGGUCACCCUGGCGACCAGUCCUGCCCAGUUUCCCAACAGUCCUGACGGUUCAGACAAAAUUGCCUGCUACGGCUUUGGCAGCUGCCCACAGUUCCUGGCCGUGGCAACAAAGAGGGGCAAGAUCUGUAUUUGGGAUGUUUCCAAAAUGAUGAAGGUGCACUUGAAGUUUGACAUUAACCCAUAUGACCCGGCCAUUUUGAGGCAGCUGAUUAUGUGUGGCGGCGAACACGGCCAGCAAACACUGACAGAGUCCCGGAGACCCACUUUGGCCUGGCUUGAGGAGUCCUCCUCUUGCUCAGACCUGCCCAAACUGGAGGGCGAUAGCGAUGACCAGUUGGAGGAUUCAGACAGCGAUGAGCAUUCCCGGUCAGAGUCUGUAACAGGCCAUCCGUCCCAGUGGGAGAGCAUGGAUGUGAGCCUAGGAGUGACUGCACUCAGUGUGCUCCAGCAGCCAGAAAAACUCCAGUUGGAGGUGCUGGCCUGUGUGCUGGAGGACACGGUCAAAGAUCUGGAGGAACUGGGUGUGAAUCCCUCAUUGAAUCAAGCCAAGGCCAAAGCCAAGGAAAAGGUCCCCGAGCACCAUAACAUUCCUUUCCCCUGCUUGCUCGCCGGAGGUCUGCUUACGUACCGCGCGGCAGCUAGCAACUCCACAGCCAGAACCCAUCCUGCAACUCGCAGGGUGUCAGACAGUCCCUGUAGAACUCAGGGCCCUGAGCCCUUCCAAGCAGGGCCAAUCCAGGACCAAGGUCCCAUGGAAAUAGAAACGUGUAAUUCCCAGACUGCUGCCCAGGAACAUUGCUUCUCGAACUUGGUAGGUUGUCAGCCUCCGAGUCCCACUUCUGUGUCAUCUGUACACAGGACGAUACCUGUGCUGUUGCUAUACAGCAUUAGAGAGACAGAUGAGAAGACAUCAGGGCAGGUGUUUGCUCAGAUGAACAACAUCAUGAGCAAAGGUCUCCACGACGAGAGCUUCACUUUGCCACAAAUCAUCGAGAUGGAGUUCGACUCCCACGAGCAGCUGCUUCUUCAAGAUCCGCCCAUCACGUACAUUCAACAAUUUGCUGACUCUGCGCCUAAUUUGGCAGGCUUUGACGGUCAAACGGACAAAUGGAACACGUUAGCCGCCGCUACAUCGUCCUCCCCGCCUCGACCUGGAACGCUUGUACAAUGCUUGAGGUUGCCCAGACAGCUUGAAGAGGAAAAUCUUUGCGUGAGUUCAAUUACGCCUUGCUGGGACGGUGUGCACCUCCUAGUCGGGCUGCAGCCAUGCAACGCGGAAUCCAUGAGUGCGGCCAACCAAGUCGAAACCCUGAAUAAUCUCAAUCGCCUGCACUCCGCACUCUGCAGCCAGCAGAAAGGGGACACUCGACAUCCGGUCGCCAAUGGAGUGGAAGGCAACCACCAGGAGGACCCACCACCUCAGUCGACCUUCAUCCUUGCUUCAGGGGACCAAACGCAGAUUUGCCCGAGCGGCGGGGGCUAUCUUGCGCUCUAUAAGCUCAAUUACUCUACUCGUAUUGUAACCUUGGAUGACGAGCCUGUUAAGGUGCAGCAGAUAUGUCAGCCUUGCGAUGCGAUUACCUCCUUAAUACUGCUUCCUCCAGACGUGCUCGAUAGCCGGGAAGACGACAGCGAGGAGACUCCAGAGGAGGUGCCCUCUGGUUCCAAAAAUGGUACGGCACGGUUCGGAAUUGGCUUGGCAGGCUCUGUUGCGGCUUUAACUCGUACUGCGUAUGGAGCACCCACAAGCAACAGCAGCAGCGCCACUGCUAACAGUACCUCCACCAGUCAUAAAGAGACCAAGAAACAAGAGGUGGUAGGACUUGGCCACUUAGUGGUAACGACACAGGGUGGGAAUAUUAUGAUACUGGAUCUAUCAACGUUGGAAGUUCUAGCCAAGGUUGAACCCCCUAAGAAAGAAGGCGCAGUUGAAGAGAUAGACCCCUUUGUCUCUGUAACUUAUUGCUCUGGAACUGACCGCCUUUGUGCCUGCACGAAAGGUGGAGAGCUUCAUUUCCUUCAAAUUGGAGGUGUUUGUGAUGAUGUAGAUGAUGGAGAGAUGUUUAUUGAUGGCCCCAUUUCUAAGGGGGCUGAACUAUUGCUGGAGUGGGCCAGGCCUUCCUCCAACCCUUCUAGUCCUGGGAUCACAGGAGUUGAACUCCUGGUGGACCAACCGCUGUCUACAGAGAGCCUAAUGUCGUUGGUGGAGCUGACGCGCUUUGAAACGUUGACUCCCCGCUUCUCAGCCACCGUGCCUCCAUGCUGGGUGGAGGUACAGCAAGAGCAGCAGCAGCGACGCCAUCCGCAGCAUCUGCACCAACAGCACCACGGAGACGCGGCCCAGCACACUCGCACUUGGAAGCUUCAGAACGAUAGUUCCAGCUGGGAUGAGCAUGUCUUUGAGGUGGUGCUGCCUAAGGCCUGCAUGGUGGGCCAUGUUGACUUCAAGUUUGUCCUGAAUCCCAACAUUGUCAACAUUCCUCAGAUCCAGAUCACUCUAUUGAAGAAUAAAGCGCCCGGCCUGGGAAAAGUCAACGAAACCGCAGUCGAUAGACAAAUCACAUUCCCCCUCUCCAAUGCCAUCCAUGCCCAUGGGGAGAAGAAUGGUCAGCCUUCGAUGCAUGACUUCACAGAGGACAUCCAGCUUAUGGACAUAGAGGAUUCAUCAGGCUCCAUUUUGUGUCCUUUCUUAGAAGAGCACAAGGAGGACAUCUUAUGUGGACCAGUGUGGCUUGCCAGUGGACUGGAUCUCUCUGGCCAUGCUGGCAUGCUUAGCCUCACUAGUCCAAAGUUGGUAAAAGGCAUGGCUGGUGGAAAGUACCGCUCCUUCCUGGUGCAUAUCAAAGCAGCAGGGGAAAAAAACAUGGAGGAUAGCCCCCGACCUGUUGUCAGAAUGCCAAGUGCCAAACCUCAGUGUUCCAAAUCUCACUCAUUGUCCACUCUGCUGCAGAGGGCCCAGGCUUCAAAGGACAAGGUGUCUGGAGCUAAACCAGAUAGCCAAGCAUCUUCUAAAAAAGCAGAAAACAUGCGAGGCUGCGACUUGCUCCAAGAAGUGUCCGUUACAAUCAGAAGGUUCAAAAAGACGUCUAUACCCAAAGAAAGGGUGCAGCGUUGUGCAAUGCUGCAGUGUCCAGACUUCCAUGAAAAGCUGCUUGAUGCGCUUUGCCAGCGGACAGAGGGCCUUUCGACAGAACACGCUCAAGGCCUCAUCCUGGACAUCUUGUGCUGGCUGGCUGGUGUUUUUUCCAAUGGACCGUGCAGCUUACGAGAAGGAAAGGAGGCGUUGCUGUCCAAAACCAGAGUGAGGCUUAUGGAUAUUGUUGCAGUGUGUUUCUUCGAGGCCGGCCGAAGCAUCGCUCACAAGUGUGCACGCUUUCUUGCGCUUUGCAUCAGCAAUGGAAAAGGCGAUCCCAGUCAGCAAGGUUUUGUCACUACUCUUCUGAAGGCUCUGCUGGACAAUAUGCCGUACUUGCCUGCUGCUGCAACAGGCGGUUCCAUGUUCUGGUACUUUGUGUUGCUGAAUUAUGUAAAGGAAGAGGACCUGGCAGGUUGCAGCACCGCUUGCGCUUCCCUGCUCACCGCCAUCUCAAGACAGCUGCAAGACCGACUCACCCCAAUGGAGGCACUGCUGCAGACCAGGUAUGGACUAUACAGCUCCCCAUUUGAUCCCGUGCUCUUUGACCUGGAGGUCAGUGGGUCGUCUUGUAAAAAUGCCUUCAACAGCAACAUCGGGAUCCAGUCAGAUGAGAUUGAUCUCUCUGACAUUCUCUCAGCAGGGAAUGGCAAAGUAACCAGCUGUGCAGCCGCGGAGGGAAGCUUCACAGCAUUAACGGGGCUCCUAGAGGUGGAGCCAUUGCACUUCUCUUGUAUCUCCACGAGUGACGGUACCCGAGUGGAACGUGAUGAUGCCAGCAUGUUCACUGUGAGUACAUUUGGUGUAACUCCGGCGGUCGGCGGCCUGUCAACAGGAACGGUUGGAGAGGCUUCUACGGCUCUUAGUUCUGCAGCACAAGUUGCCCUGCAAUCUCUGUCUCAUGCCAUGGUGUCGGCCGAACAACAGUUACAGGUCUUACAGGAGAAGCAACAGCAGCUGCUCAAACUGCAGCAACAGCAGAAAGCCAAGCUUGAAGCUAAACUGCACCAGACCACAGCGGCCGCGGCCGCUUCCAGUGUGGGGCCCAUCCACAACUCAGUGCCUUCCAACUCGUCCUGCGCUCCGGGUUUCUUCAUUCAUCCCUCCGACGUCAUCCCCCCGACACCAAAAACUACACCCCUCUUCAUGACGCCUCCUCUCACGCCGCCCAACGAGGCGGUGUCCGCAGCCUUCAGCGCCGAGCUGGCUCACCUCUUCCCCGGCUCCAUGAUGGACCCCGGGCCGGUUAAUUUGGCGGCGCACAAGAACUCCCAGAAAGUCAAGCCGAACCCCAUGGGAAGUGGCUUGGCUAUAGCCAUUUCUCAGGCAUCACACUUUUUGCAGCCUCCUCCACACCAGUCUAUCAUCAUAGAGCGGAUGCAUUCUGGAGCUCGUCGAUUUGUGACGCUGGACUUCGGCCGACCCGUUCUGCUGACAGAUGCGCUCAUCCCAACCUGUAGCGACCUGGCCUCUCUGUCCAUAGACAUUUGGACACUAGGCGAGGAGGUUGAUGGCCGCAGGCUAGUGGUGGCCACGGACAUCAGUACCCACUCCCUCAUUCUACAUGACUUGCUGCCUCCACCCGUCUGCAGGUUUAUGAAGAUUACUGUGAUUGGCCGCUAUGGCAGUACUAACGCUCGGGCAAAGAUUCCACUGGGCUUUUACUAUGGUCAUACUUAUAUUUUACCUUGGGAGAGCGAACUUAAGCUGAUGCAUGAUCCUCUGCGGGGAGAAAGUGAACCUGCCAGUCAACCUGACGUGGAGCAACACUUGACCAUGAUGAUGGCAUUACAGGAAGAUAUCCAGUGCAGGUACAAUCUAGCUUGUCACAGGCUGGAGACCCUCCUUCAGAAUAUCGACCUACCGCCCCUAAACAGCGCCAACAAUGCCCAGUACUUCUUACGCAAACCAGACAAGGUCGUAGAGGAGGACCAACGUGUUUUUUCAGCCUACCAAGAUUGCAUCCAGCUUCAGUUGCAGCUUAACUUGGCUCACCACGCUGUCCAGAGAUUGCGCGUGUCACUCGGUGCCAGUCGAAAGUCGCUCCCCAAAGCUUGCUCUCAAGAGGCUAAAGACUUGGUCCACAACUCCUCCACAGAACAACUGAGAAUGAUCAUACGAUACCUACUGGACACAUUGCUUAGCCUGCUGCACUCAAACAAUGGCCACUCGGUGCCAUCGGUGCUCCAGACUACCUUCCACGCAAAAGCUUGUGAGGAACUCUUCAAACACCUUUGCCUGAGCGGGACGCCGAAAAUCCGGCUUCAUGCCGGCCUGCUUUUAGUCCAGUUGUGUGGAGGAGAACGAUGGUGGGGGCAAUUCCUAUCUAACGUAUUACAGGAGCUCUACAACUCUGAACAGUUGCUCAUUUUCCCUCAGGACAGAGUUUUUAUGCUCCUGUCCUGCCUUGGCCAAAGAUCACUGAGCAACAGUGGUGUAUUGGAGGGUCUACUAAACCUCUUGGACAGCUUGCUGUCUCCUCUGCAGCAACCACAAGCUGCAACACCACACAGGACUGAAGGUGUCUUAGAUAUCCCGAUGAUUAGCUGGGUGGUGAUGCUCGUUUCCAGACUCCUGGACUAUGUCACUAGUAUAGAAGAUGAAGCUUCAGGUGGGAAGAAGCACCUCGGGGGGAAAGAGAGGGAGAGAACGUUUACAGGUAUUCAAUGGAGCUUCAUCAAUAACAGCCUUCAGUCUCAGAACACUAAUAGAUCAGCAAAAGGCAGCAGCAGCCUUGACAGACUUUAUUCCCGCAAGAUUCGCAAGCAGCUCGUCCACCACAAGCAGCAGUUAAAUCUACUGAAAGCAAAACAAAAGGCUUUAGUCGAGCAGAUUGAGAAGGAGAAAAUCCAAAGCAACAAGGGUUCCUCCUACAAACUCCUGGUGGAACAGGCCAAGCUCAAGCAAGCCACAUCCAAGCACUUUAAAGACUUAAUCCGUCUUCGGCGAACGGCUGAGUGGCCGCGCUCCACGUUAGACACGGAGUCUGCAACAGCCAAAGAAGCGCCAGAAGUUGAACCCCUGCCCUUUACUUUGUCCCACGAGCGUUGCAUCUCCGUGGCGCAAAAGUUGGCUCUCUUUCUCCUCUCAAUGGACUUCACGUGUCAUGCUGACCUGCUACUGUUUGUCUGCAAGGUUCUUGCUAGGAUAGCUAACGCCACCAGACCGACAAUCCACCUCUCUGAAGUGUUGUCCGAACACCAGUUGGAGCGUUUACUCCUUCUACUAGUUGGGACGGACUUCAAUCGAGGGGAUAUCUCCUGGGGUGGUGCUUGGGCUCAGUAUUCCCUCACCUGUAUGUUACAAGACAUCCUGGCAGGGGAACUACUGUCUCCGGGUUCAAUAGAUGUAAUGGAUGAAGUGGCUGUUGCCGAGGAGGCCGGGGCUUCAUCCUCUUCAGUCGGGGUCGACGCAGAUGAACCCUUGCCUCAGCAGACGCCGAUCCCUUUGGUGGAGAGCAUUGAUGAGACCCUCGUGCCUGAUAUCAUUGCAGGUGCUCCACCUCUGGUGUCUUUGGAAAAGGAUAAAGACAUGGACUUUGAUUUGCUACAAGACCUAAUGGAUGUUGAUAUUGAUCCUUUAGAUAUUGAUUUGGAAAAGGAUCCGCUUGCUGCCAAAGUGUUUAAGCCAAUAAGCAGCACUUGGUAUGACUACUGGGGUUCCGAUUACGGAACGUACGGUUACACUCCAUAUAUUGGAGGGGUUGGUAUCCCAGUAUCCAAACCCCCAGUUGCUGUUGAGAAGCCUGGCUCACAAGGGCUUUCUGUUUCAGUUUCACAAGCACUGGAUGCUCGAUUAGAGGUCGGCUUGGAGCAGCAGGCUGAAUUGAUGCUAAAAAUGAUGGCAACUUUACAAGCUGACUCUAUUCUACAGGCUCUCACGUCAAACUCCUCCACAGUUUGCCAGACCACCAAUGGCACAGAUGACUCUCUGUUGAGGGCACUACAUGGUGGAGGAUCUCCUCCCGGCAGCACCCUUAUUGUCCAACCUUCUUCCAUUCCCAUGCUUAGUGCUUGCUUCAACAAGCUCUUUUCCAUGCUGCAAGUCCACCAUGUGCAGUUGGAGUCCUUACUGCAGUUGUGGAUUACACUUAGUCUCAACACCAGCUCGAAUGGCAGCGAAGAUAACGGAUCAGACAUCUUCUUGUUUAACUCCAGUCGAGUACCCACCAUUCCACUCAACCAAGCUUCCAUUAACAGUUUUCUCACUGUGCUGGCGUGGUACCCCAACGCUUCCCUGAGAACUUGGUGUCUGGUGCUGCAUUCACUGACCCUGAUGACUAACAUGCCUUACCACACUUCCAGUAUUGGGAUGAGCGCUCAAGAAAGCACAGCACAUCAGAUGGUUUCCGAUCCCACGAUGGUUCACGUCCUGGUACGUUUCCUGUCUGGCAGCAAUACCAAUGGAACCAAUCAGCAUAGCUCUCAAGUCGGACCUACCGCCACUCAAGCAAUGCACGAGUUUUUGAGUCGCUUGCAGGUGCAUCUUUCCUCCACCUGUCCACAAAUGUUUAGCGAGUUCCUACUGAAACUCCUUCACAUUCUGUCCACUGAAAGGGGGCCGUUCCAGUCAGGUCAAGGACCACUUGAUGCUCAGGUGAAGCUGUUGGAGUUAACUUUACAGCAAAACUUUGAAGUGGUUUCUGUGGUCACCAUCUCCUCUGUCAUCGAGUCUAUAACCUUCCUGGUCCACCACUACAUCACCUGCUCUGACAAAGUGGUUUCACGCAGUGGUUCUGAUAGCUCUGUUGGUGCUCGCGCUUGUUUCGGCGGGCUUUUUGCUAACAUCAUUCGACCAGGAGAUGCAAAGGCCGUCUGUGGGGAAACUACCCGCGACCAGCUAAUGUUUGACCUCCUUAAGCUGGUCAACGUGCUAGUGCAGCUACCUCUGUCAGGGGACAGAGAGUUUAGCGGUCGACUGCCGACUGCCGGUGGCGGGGCGGCUGAUAGCAGCGUGUCUGAUGAAGAAAAGGUUUGCGGAAGCAAAGAGAGCGUGCCCGGAGGAUCAACGGCCAGUCAGGGUCCGUCUGCUGGUGUGGCUGAUCUAGUACUGGCCAAUCAGCAGAUAAUGAGUCAGAUCUUGUCUGCACUGGGCCAGUGCAACAGCAGUGCCAUGGCCAUGAUCAUCGGAGCUAGUGGUCUCCAUCUAACCAAACAUGAGAACUUUCACGGGGGUCUAGAUGCCAUUUCAGUCGGUGACGGUCUCUUCACAAUCCUCACCACCCUCAGCAAGAGAGCUACCUCUGUUCAGGUCAUGCUGCAACCCAUCCUCACAUACAUGGCCUGUGGAUACAUGGGUCGACAGGGCUCUCUCUCCACUUGUCAGCUUUCUGAGCCCCUUUUAUGGUUUAUUCUGCGAGUUUUGGAUACAAGCGAGGCUCUCAAAGCCUUUCAUGACAUGGGUGGCGUACAGUUAAUCUGUAACAAUAUGGUGACCAGCACCAGGGCUAUUGUGAACACGGCACGUAGCAUGGUGUCGACCAUUAUGAAGUUUCUAGAUUCAGGUCCUGGAAAGCCAUCGGAUGGCAGCCUGAAAUCCAGAGUGAUGACAUCAGAGCCAGAUAACGCAGAGGGACUUCACAACUUUGCUCCAUUAGGUACAAUUACAUCUAGUAGCCCAACAGCACAGCCAGCAGAAGUCCUACUACAAGCGACGCCACCUCACCGUCGGGCUCGAUCUGCGGCGUGGUCGUACAUCUUCCUUCCAGAAGAGGCUUGGUGUGACCUCACUAUUCAUCUCCCGGCUGCUGUGCUGCUAAAGGAGCUCCACAUUCAGCCACAUCUUGCUUCUUUAGCUACCUGCCCAUCAUCUGUCUCGGUGGAGAUCAGUGCCGAUGGAGUGAACAUGCUGCCGCUCUCCACGCCAGUUAUCACUAGUGGUCUCACCUACAUCAAGAUCCAGCUGGUGAAGGCCGAGGUCGCGUCAGCUGUAUGUCUAAGGUUGCACCGGCCUCGUGAUGCCAGCACCCUGGGUCUGUCUCAGAUCAAACUCUUGGGUCUGACUGCAUUUGGUAACACCUCCUCUGCAACGGUCAACAACCCAUUCUUGCCCUCUGAGGACCAGGUCUCUAAAACCAGUAUUGGUUGGCUACGCCUUCUUCACCAUUGCCUGACCCAUGUCAGUGACCUGGAGGCCAUGAUGGCCAGUGCAGCUGCACCUACAGCUAACCUUCUGCAGACCUGUGCUGCAUUGCUCAUGUCACCUUACUGUGGGAUGCACUCACCUAACAUUGAAGCAGUUUUGGUCAAGAUUGGCCUGCAGUCCACGCGCAUUGGUCUUAAACUCAUCGACAUACUGUUGCGAAACUGUGCCGCCUCUGGUACAGACCCGACCAAUUUGAAUAGUCCUCUGUUGUUUGGUCGGCUAAAUGGCCUCUCCUCCGAUUCAACUAUUGACAUUCUAUACCAGUUGGGUACCACACAGGACUCGGGAACCAAGGAAAGAAUACAGGCGCUCCUCCAAUGGGUACAUGACUCCUCAAGGGUUGCAGCUCUAAAAAUUCCCAUGGGCUACUCGAGCAGCAGUAGCGGCUCCUCUUCGUUGAGGGAGUACGGGCUCCUCAUGCCCUCGCCAUCCCACCUCCACUGUGUGGCAGCCAUCUUGUGGCACAGCUAUGAGCUGCCUGUUGAUUACGACCUCCCAGUACUCCUCGACCAAAAGCUUUUUGAACUCCUCUACAAUUGGUCCAUGUCUUUGCCAUGUGACAUCGUGCUAAAGAAAGCUGUCGACAGCCUCCUGUGCUCCAUGUGUCACAUCCAUCCAAGUUACUUCUCAUUGCUAAUGUCCUGGAUGGGUAUUAUAUCCAAGCCCAGCACCAGUCAUUCGCAAGCUCAGCAGCGUCGACUGGCCAUGACAGAUGAUGGCAAGAAGCAGCACAACGCUAACACCACCAAUGCGGGACUCACAGAUGACUCAAAGAAUGCAAGAGCUCCAGUUACUUUAUCAGAGUCGCAGCUAACCACUCUGGCCGCUGCCUCGCAGUCUCUAGGGGCAAUAGAGCAGCUGCUCGACUCGGGAUUGCCUUCGUUGCUCGUUCGCAGCCUCGCGCAGUUCUGCAUUGGUCUACUCGCGAGCGCCGACCUCCCCCUGCCCGCCGCUUUGGCUGACAGGCGACAUCACCAAUACCAGCCGUGCUCUACGUCGAUGCACGCUCGGCCGCCGCUUGCCGCGGAGCUAGCUGCUCCGGUGCUGCGCUUCCUCACAGAAGUUGGCAACAGCCACGCCAUGAAAGACUGGUUAGGUGGACCAGAGGUCAACCCUCUGUGGACCGCGCUGCUCUUUGUGCUCUGCCACUCCAGUGCAAGUGCCACUACGGGUUGUCAGGCUUCAUCAGGAGCUUCGUCUCCUUCCCAGCCACUCCCCUCGGGCUCACGGUUUUCCCUGGUAUCUUCGGGCCAACCGGGAGGUCUCACCACCCAGCAGAGAACAGCAGUGGAGAAUGCCACGGUGGCUUUCUUUCUGCAGUGCAUCUCCUGUCACCCGAACAACCAGCGGCUCAUGGCGCAGGUUCUUUGUGAGCUUUUCCAAUCGGCUCCCCAGCGUGGCAAUGUGCCCAUCUCUGGAAACAUCUCUGGCUUCAUACGAAGACUGUUCCUGCAACUCAUGUUGGAGGAUGAGAAAGUCACAGUCUUCCUAGAGUCUCCCUGUCCGUUAUACAAAGGACGCAUCAAUGCCACCAGUCACAUGAUCCAACAUCCCAUGUACGGAGCAGGCCACAAGUAUCGCACCCUCCACUUACCAAUCUCUACCACUCUGGCUGAAGUCCUGGACCGGGUGUCUGAUACACCCAGUAUUACUGCCAAGCUGAUCAGUGAGCAAAAGGAGGACAAAGAGAAGAAGAAUCACGAGGAGAAGGAAAAGAUGAAAUCUGAUGGCAGCUUCCAGGACAACUACAGUGUGGUUGUGGCCUCAGGUUUGAAGUCCCAGUCCAAGCGAGCCCUCUCAACUCCUCCCAGACCUCCAUCAAGACGAGGUCGAGUUAUGAGCGACAAGUUGACGACUUCGUCGGGUGUUGACUCCUCUGCCAAAACCAUCAGUGUGCCAGUCUUCCACCUUUACCACAAGUUGCUUCCAGGUCAACCCUUACCACCUGAGAUGACUCUUGCCCAGCUACUAACGCUACUGUAUGACCGCAAGAUGCCUCAGGGCUACCAGUCCAUCAACCUAACGGUUAGACUGGGCUCCAAGAUCAUUUCUGACCCUUGUCUAUCUAAGACGGACUCCUUCAAACGGUUGCGCACCGAGAAAGUGGAUCACCCCGAUAUGAUGAACAGCUGCUCCGAAGAUGAACCCAUGACACCCGGCGAUGAAUGUCUUGACGCCACAACUGAUGAGUCCUUACUGGAAACGCACCCCAUUCAGUCACCUUUGCAGGUCUUUGCUGGAAUGGGAGGCCUGGCGCUCAUUGCCGAGAGGCUACCUAUGCUCUAUCCAGAUGUCAUUCAACAGGUGAGUGCCCCAGUUGUGCCCUCCGCAACACAGGAGAAACCAAAAGACGCUGAUCAGUUUGAGUGGGUCACCAUUGAGCAGUCGGGAGAGCUGGUGUACGAGGCGCCCGAGUCCAUCGCUACCGAGCCGCCGCCCAUCAAUAAGCAGCAGUCCCAGUCGGCGUCUUCGUCUUCAUCCCCUGUGCAAACGUUGUCACCCAUCCCUGCACACUCUUUGGCAGCAUUUGGCCUGUUUUUACGCCUGCCGGGUUAUGCAGAAGUCUUGCUCAAGGAGAGAAAACACGCCCAAUGUCUGUUGCGCCUUGUGCUGGGCGUCACUGACGAUGGAGAAGGAAGUCAUAUCCUGCAAUCUCCAUCAGCAAAUGUCUUACCCACGUUGCCGUUUCAUGUCCUUCGAGCAUUGUUCAGAAGCACUCCUCUUACUACUGACGACGGUCUGCUGCUCCGUCGCAUGGCUCUGGAAAUCGGUGCCAUCCAUCUCAUCUUGGCCUGCUUAUCGGCGCUUAGCCACCAUGCCCCCCGAAAUCCCAACGCAAACAGCAAUGUCUCAGAGCCACAGAUGUCAAAUUGUCACGGUGGAGCGACCAGUGAGGAGCAGCAGCUGUACUGGGCCAAAGGAACUGGUUUUGGGACUGGAUCCACAGCGUCAGGGUGGGAUGUUGAGCAGGCUCUCACAAAGCAACGUCUUGAAGAAGAACAUGUUACCUGCCUUCUGCAAGUCUUGGCAAGCUACAUUAACGCAGCAGGAUCCAGCACCUUGAACACUUCUGAUAGAGCUUCAGCAGAGAGCAGAACCCAGAAUAGCUCUGCACUUCCAGUAGUGCUGCAGGAGCUGCUCAGUCAGUCCUGUCUCAUCCCUGCUAUGUCCUCCUACCUGCGUAACGAUUCUGUCCUGGAUAUGGCACGCCACGUACCCCUGUAUCGGGCGUUACUGGAGCUGCUCAGGGCCAUCUCAACCUGCACAUCUCUCGUACCCCUGCUGCUGCCUCUGUCUGGUGACCGGGGUCAGGAUGAAGAGGAGGAUGAAGAACACUCGGAGGGACAGACGUCUGUUGGGAUGCUGCUAGCUAAGAUGAAGACAUGCGUGGACACGUACACAAAUCGACUCAGGUCAAAAAAAGAUAAGAGCAAAGGUGUUGUGAAGACGGAUAGCUCAGAUCCAGAGCCUGAAGGCUUAACCCUUCUUGUACCGGAUAUCCAAAGAACAGCUGAAAUAGUAUAUGCCGCGACGACGAGCCUUCGACAAGCCAACCAAGAAAGGAAACUUGUUGAGUCUUCAAGAAAGGUAUCGAGCAGACCCAAGCCUCUUUCUAUCCUUCGCUCCCUUGAAGAAAAAUAUGUUGCUGCGAUGAAGAAGCUCCAAUUUGACACUUUUGAAAUGGUAUCGGAAGAUGAGGAUGGGAAGCUGAUGUUUAAGGUCAACUACCAUUACAUGUCUCAGGUGAAGAAUGCCAGCGAUACAAACAGUGCAGCCAGAUCCCGCCGUCUCGCCCAGGAGGCUGUCACCCUUUCCACGUCCCUGCCUCUCUCAUCGUCAUCAAGUGUCUUUGUCCGUUGUGACGAGGAGAGACUGGACAUUAUGAAGGUUCUCAUCACAGGCCCAGCAGACACCCCGUAUGCCAACGGGUGCUUUGAAUUUGAUGUGUAUUUCCCCCAAGACUAUCCCAAUUCACCUCCUUUGGUGAACCUGGAGACAACCGGUGGACACAGUGUACGCUUUAACCCCAACCUUUACAAUGACGGCAAGGUAUGUUUAAGUAUCCUCAACACAUGGCAUGGAAGACCAGAGGAGAAGUGGAACCCACAGACCUCAAGCUUUUUACAGGUGCUAGUGUCAGUGCAGUCCCUCAUCCUGGUGUCCGAGCCCUACUUCAACGAGCCGGGAUACGAGCGCUCCCGAGGGACUCCCAGCGGCACCCAGAGCUCACGGGAAUACGACGGCAACAUACGUCAGGCCACCGUCAAAUGGGCCAUGCUGGAACAGAUGCGGAACCCCUCACCAUGUUUCAAAGAGGUGAUCCACAAACAUUUUUACCUGAAGCGAACAGAGAUCAUGUCUCAGUGUGAAGAUUGGAUCGCUGACAUUCAGCAGUACAGCAGCGACAAGAGGGUCGGGCGCACCAUGUCCCAUCAUGCCGCAGCGUUAAAGAGACACACGGCUCAACUCAGAGAGGAACUACUAAAGCUCCACUGCCCCGACGGCCUGGAAGCAGACGGCGAUGAGUUUUCUGAGAAGAGCGCCGCCCUCAUCCUUCGAGAGCUUCCCGCUCAAGAUUCAGAGAAACCCGGCGGCAGUCGGGACGAGCCCGGCGGCGAUGGCCAGCUAUGAGUCGUCGCCUUCGUGCCGCUUAAAAAAAAAAAAAAAAAAAGAUUGGAGGCUAUGGAGCACAAGCCGCUAGUUUGUCCAUAUUUGUAUGUAAAGAUCUAAUAGUAUAAAAGUGGAACGCGUGGAGAAACCACAACGCCAAGAGACGAACUCUGAACUAUGCUAUGCUCAUGAAAACAGACAAAGACUUUUAUUCAUUUAAAAAGCGUGUAAACAUUUUGUGCUACCCCCCACACCCAGUUGUGAAAUAACCACUGAUUGGUAUGUUAUUAAACUUGUUUAUAAACACGUUAUGACAGAGGAAAUUAUAUAAGGGAAACUACCUUUAGAGAUGAAUGUUUACUUUUUUUUGUUUUGUUUUUUUAUCAUAAUUUGGACCGUUCUCACGGUUAUUCUUUAUGGAUAAUAUUUAAAAUAAUUGCAGCGAAAAGGAGGGAAAAAAAUUAAAACACUACAGAGAGAGAGAAAGGAAGAAAAAAUAAGACAAAAGCCCCUGUUCCGUUACGCGUUGCUACAUUUGAUAUCUCUGGGAUCAUAUCCACUUCAAUAAAGCCGACAUUAGAUUCUCCCUCUUCGGAAACGCUGGGUCAACAUCCAUGGGUCAUGGGACUGCGUGUCACUGCCACGUGUCAUUUGAAGGCUUGUGCAUGUAUGUGUGUCUUCUGUGCGUGUGCAACAAUCCCCGUGAGAUGCAAAGCUGUGAUGUGCCUUUGAGUGACACCAUACCACCAAAUACUCCAGUGUAGAGUGUACCUUUACGGAGUUUCUUUUGCUGUUUCUACACAAUGAUUUUGCGCCGUCUAACAUAUACGAAACUGCUUGGAUCCUUUUUUUUUUUUUUUUAUGUUGAAACUCCAGUGAACAAAAGAUGCACUUUCUAUUUUAAUCACUCCCUAGAACAGCCGCUUUUGCUAGGACAUUAAAUGAUGCUUGAAAA